AUGCCCAUUGGCGGGGGAUUCUGUGUGAGCCCACCUUCUAGAUGCCCAUUGGCGGGGGAUUCGGUGUGAGCCCACCUUCUAGAUGCCCAGUGGCAGGGGAUUCAGUGUGAGCCCACCUUUAAGUGGCCCUCAACUCUCUCCUUCCUGCCCCAGGGACCCGGCGGUCACCCCUAUUUAAGUCUUUGGCCCAGGGUGCCUGGAGUGGAGGCCAGUGACUCCCAGGAGUGGGCAUCCCGCAGCCCGGGACACCCCGAGGCAGGCUGGGGGUGAAGGGCCUUUGAGGUGGUGUACAGGCCCUGCCAAGGGCCCAAGGGACGGGAGUGGAGGGCGGGUCACUGUCCCUGGUAGUUGGGGGCCAGGUGGGGGUUCCUCCCUCGUAGUGGGGAGCGCCACGGUGUCCUCAGCCCCCAGGAGCACCCGCCCCCGCCCAGUGCUGGCCGGCUGUGCUUCAUUCUCAGGGACUCCUUGGGACACCCGCACCCCACACCCGUGGCCCCGCAGCCACCCCAGGAGGAGAGGGCCCUGGGCACGGUCACCAUGCUGCCCAGGGACAGCUCGGUCACCUGCUUCCUUGAAGGGCGUGCUGACCUUGUCCUUCCCACUCCCGAGGCCCAGGACGUGUGAGUGGGAGGGAGGGUCCAGGCCUCUGUGCCCUGGAGUCCCCUGUGUGUGACCACGUGACUGGAGCUGUUGACUUUGUGUGUGGAUUUGUGCUGGACAAACACUGGGAGUUCUGUCCAGAGCCACCUGGGCCCCACCUGCCCAGGAGGCCUGAGCUGGUGGCUGGCGCAGGCGGGCGGCUCCCGUCCUCCAGACAUGGCCUCUUGGGUGAGCUACAUCGGCCGAGCCGCAGCCUCCAGUCCUCCCAGGUGGGUGGCUGCUCCCUGCUGGCCCCCCCCUGGCGGGCAGGGAGUUCUGGAAGCCCUCGUCCAGCAGAGCCCUGCCCGGGUACCGACCGGGGCGGGCUCCUAACGUCCGACUCUCACGCCGUCUGCAGUGACGGAGAACCCAGAGCUCGGUGCCCCUGAGAGCGACGUCUGCCAAGCGCUGGACAGCCGGGGGCUGCUCUCUGUGGACAGACGCUCCCCACGGCGCAGAGCAGAGACCCUGGCCCUCGCAGAAGGCCUGAGUGGGGCCGGCACUCAUUCUGCAUCUGAAGAAGAAUCCCGGGACUGGCAUCAGGUGGCCAAGGACGGGUCCCCGAGGCCACAGCCCUAGAAGGCCCCUUCGCCUCUCCUCAGCUCCUUGGACCGUUUCCUGGUGAGCGUGUGGCUGCGCUGGACCACGCCAGACCCCCUGGUCCUGCUGUGGCCCCUGAGCUGGGGGGCUCCGCUGUGAGGCCAGUGCUGCUCCUGGGAGGCCCGUGAGGGUGCGGUCCCUGCGCACGGCGUUGGGAGAGGAGAGGUGUGGGGUGCCCUGGGCAGGUGUGGCCGCCUCUGUCCCCCAAGGCCAGGUCCAAGGAGGAGCCGCAGCGAGGGCCGAGCGGCUGGCCCUGGUCUCUGGUGACUGUGGAGGCUGGGCUUCAGGUAGGGACCCUGUGAGGGACGUGCGGGGACCAACAGGACCGUCUGUCCCUGAGGGCCAGGUCCCCUCCAGGCCUCUGGGUGGGCUGGUGGGUGAGAAGGAGGCGCUGGGCAGCCCGGCGGCCUCCUGGGGGAUCAGGCGAGUCCGGGGGCUGGGCCUCCCUGGGCUGUCCUGCUGCAGCCUGCGCUGACCCCCCAAGAUGUCCUGGGCCUCAGGACGAGGAUGCGGGCCAUGUGCUAAUUGAGCGGCGUCUGGGGUGGCCCCUGGGCCAGCCGACUGUCCUCCUCCCGUUUGUGCAGCCGCCGCCCCGUCCGUCCGGCCUGCUGCUGCUGCAAAGACCGCCGGCCUCGGGCAGCGCCGGCUCCAGAAGUGAUAGCUAAUUGGGGACAGAAAGGGCCCGAUUGUCUCGCGGCGGCCGGAAGAGCUGCGUGGGCGGCUGGAGGAGCCGGAGGCGGCCCUGCUUCGCCCAGCAGCUGCCACCGCCGGAGAUGUUGGGGGAUUACGUCAGUGCUGGCGGGCAGGGGCCGCGGGGACAGCGAGGGAGGCGGGCUCCAGGCGGCCUCCCGCCCCCAGGCCUCGGGACAAUGCUGUCAUUGUGGGCCCGGAGAGUGGCUGCCUCGGGAUGAAUGGCACAUGGGCCUCUUGACCAAGGAGGCCGCUUGCAGCCCCGAUCUGUCCCCUGGCCCGCCCGCCCGCCCGCCGGGGAGGCCCUGGCUGGAGUCUGGUGGGAGGGAAGCCUGACGGGGCCCCCGGAGGCCGGAGUGAGCAUGGCCUCCUGGCUGGGGGACGGCUCGGGCCCCGACCUGCUCCUGGUCUUGCUGGUGGUCAUCCUGCUGGUCCGCUUCCUCCUGUGGUCCUGUCUCGGAGCCUACCUCGACCACAGGCUGGCCCCGCCCAGGCCCCGGCCCCCCAGACCCAAAAGGGACUAGGCCUCGGGCCCAGCAGGAAGCCCUCCCCUCCCCAGGCCUCCUGCAGGGGCCACCUGUCCCCUCUGGAGGGUGGACACGCGUUUAUCGGCGGCCGCACACACAGCCAGAGGGUGUCCUCGGUCUCUGCUGAGGUGCAUUGGCCAGGACUGUGUCCACUGGUGGCUCUGGGGAAUGCUCCCUGCCCCCAGGGUCCACCUGAUGGGGUGGACGGCGCUGGCCCUUCACCUGCUGGGCAGGCACAGAGCCGCCUUCCACCCGCCAGGCAGAGGCCGGCCCACGGCGUGGGGUGGUGCAGGGACGGUUUCCACCUCUGCCCCAGGCUCUGGGUCCCCGUCACUGUGAGUGUCCUGAGGCGUGUCCUGCUCCGACUUUCUGGGCCUCCAACUCUCGAUGAGCACAUGUGCAGGGGGCCCGGGUGGAGACACAGGACAGUGUGACCGCUCACAGGGCUCACUGCAGCUGACCCGGCCAGGGCUCCUGCCUCCCGAGGACCAGGGGGUGUGGAGGCUGUCCUCCCGCAGCCCCCAGGAAGGGGCCCCGGACAGACCUGAGGCCGGAGUCCAACCUGGCCCCGUGGGGACCUUUGUCACACCUCAGUCUCCACCUCUCACGGCCCCUCCUCCCUCGGUGGUCCUCCCGGGGGUCAGGUAAGUGUGAGGCAGCAAAGCCCCUGCUACCUGCCAGUGUCCAGGCACAGGGGUCAACCUGGUGGCCAAGCCAAGGGGCCCAGCCGCAUCCUCUGAUCAUCUGUGCCGAGAGCCACCUGAGAGGGUCAGCAGGACCUGGGAACUGAUUUAGGGCCAAGAGUCCGUGCCCUGUCCCAGCCACAUGAGCCGCGGUGACCACUGACAUAACGGUCAGCCUGGGGCAGCCAUGGCCUGGGGAGACCGUGGCAGAUGCCACCCGGCUCCAUCCCAGGCUGCUGAGCCGGCACCUCUGGGUGGUCCCUGGGACCCUCCGGCAGGUUCUGCAUCCCAGGCUGGUGGCCGGGACAGGGAGCAAGAGCUUCCGCGGCUCCGCGGGGAAGGACUGGGCCCGACGUGCUCUGGACGGCGGGGCCGGAGCGGCGGAGCCCUGUCCCCAGAACACGGUGGAGCGUGACAGUCCCUGGGGAACCCGAGCCAAGCCGAGGGCCGGGGCUAGUAGAGUGGGCGCCUCCUGUGCGUCCCUAAGGGCCCCGGCCACCUGUCAGGAGAGGUGUCCCCUGCCCUGAAGGGGCCCGAGUCUCCCUGCCCCCUUGUCUGGGCCAAUGACACUUGGGGCUGAGUGUGGGGCAAGCUCUGGUUGAAGGACCACAGAGUCCCAGGGGGGUCUCUGCUGUCCUUGUGUCUCCUGGUCACUCUCCUGAGCCCAAGGGUCCUUGUUUAGCUCCCGCAGGACCUGGGAGCCCAAGGGGACCACGGUGGGGGGACAGCGGAGGGAGGGGCCGGGCCUGCUGUGCUCUGUGAUGUCGGGUUGGGCCAGU